AUGGCGGUGCUUGGAAUUAUUGUGCUUCUGGCGAUCUUGGGAGUUGUCGCCAAGUGCGUUUACAACGCAUUCCUACAUCCACUUCGCCACUAUCCUGGUCCGAAGCUGGCUGGAGUUACCCGCGCUUACUAUCUCUGGUACGAUGUCCGUGGGGUAAGUCACUGGAAGGUCAAGGAAUGGCACGAGAAGUACGGCGAAGUCGUCCGAAUUGCGCCGGGCGAGCUCUCGUACACUUCCAUUCAAGCCUGGCAGGCUAUCUAUGGCUUUCCCAAUCGGGAAGGUAAUGGUAACUACGAGAAGGAUGCCCAAUGGUGGAACAAGAAUGUCAAUGGUGUUGAGAACAUUCUCACUGCCGACGAUGCCGGUCACAAGCGUAUGCGUCGGCUCCAGAACCCAGCCUUCUCCGACAAAGCACUGAAGGCCCAAGAGUCCGUCAUCACCGGCUAUGUCAACCUUCUGGUUCAUCAGCUCCAUGGCCAAGUCUCCAGCCCCGACACGUCGUUGGUGGAUAUGAACUCAUGGUACAACUUCACCACAUUCGACAUCAUUGGUGAUCUGGCUUUCGGCGAACCUUUCUACUGUCUUCGGGAUGCGCAAUGGCAUUGGUGGCUUCAUGCCGUUUUCGACAUCUUCCAGGCCGGUACCUACCUCCGCGCCGCUCGUCGUUUCCCCUCGCCGUUGUCUGAGAUGCUGCUGCUUCUCAUUCCCCGCCGCCUCAUCAAGACGAGAGUUGCCCAGUUUAACUUUGGUGUUGAGCGCGUGAACAAGCGGUUAGAGAAAAAGACUGAACGCCCCGACUUCAUGUACUAUGUUCUCCAAGGAACUGAUGAGAAGGGCAUGACCAUGGAAGAAAUCUACGCCGCUGCCCAGGUCCUCAUCGUCGCUGGAAGUGAGACCACAGCCACAGCACUCACCACCGCGACCUACUACCUCUGCGAAAACCCCGACACCUUGGCAAAGCUGACUGCUGAGAUUCGUGACACCUUCGAAAAGGAGGAGGACAUCACCAUCCAAAGCACAGCCAAGCUAAGCUAUCUCACCGCCGUCAUCGAGGAGGCUCUUCGCCUUGGGCCCCCGGGGCCCGGCACCUUCCCUCGAGUGGUUCCUGAUGGUGGAAGAACCGUAUGCGGCGAAUUCGUUGCUGGUGGCUACUCCGUCGGUGUGCACCACUUAUCUGUCAAUCGCUCUCCGGUGAACUUCCGCGAGCACGACGGCUUCCACCCCGAGCGCUGGCUUGGCGACGAACGUUUCGAGUCAGACAAGAAGAGUGCCGCACAGCCGUUCUCCUUUGGUCCGCGAAACUGCAUUGGCAAGAACUUGGCAUACGCUGAGAUCCGCGUCAUUCUCGCACGCGUCGUAUGGAACUUUGACAUGAAGUUGCACCCUGAUAGUGCUGGGUGGCUUGGAAGGCAGAAGAUGUUUACCACGUGGCACAAGACUGAGAUGAAGGUUCAUCUCUCUGCUCGUGCGAGAUGA